AUGGUGGAGCACAGCAAGGAGCUAGAAGCAGCCGCAGAGGAGGGAGAUCGGUGGUACCCUGGUAAUGGCCUCGUCGUCCAAUUUUCCGGAGGUCGCCGCCCCCUGCGACCUGUUGAACUUGACUCCGUCUGCGCCGAGGCACCGAGCCUGGAGGUUGUCCGCCAGUGGAUCCGUGCGGAUAAGAAGGUCUACACCAUAUAUGGUCCUUCGGAGACAACAUGCCUGAUCAAUUUCGGAGAACUCGACCCCGAUAAGGAAGUGCCCUUUGGUGAUCUUAUCCCGGGCGUGAGAGUUAUCCUGGUGGAUGAGAACCUGCAAGAACGCGAUCAUGGCGAGGUCCUGAUUGCGGGCCCCGGCCUAGCUGCAGGGUAUUUGGAUAAUCCCACGCUGAAGGCGACCAAUUUUAUUGAAUGGAAUGGUGAGCGCUUCUACAGAACCGGUGAUCUCGCACGGAGAACCAAAACCGGGGAACUUGUCUAG